UAAAAUCACUUCCGUGGAACCAAAAGUACUUUACUAAAUCGUUUAAAAUUUAAAAAUCAAACAUUCCUGGCCUAUCACGAGUAGUUUUUUUGCCCUUGAUUGGUGUAAGUCAUGUGUGAGCGCAGUUUUCGCCUAGAUGUGGUGGUUGAUGCUUUUAUGAAGGCGAGGCAAGAUGAAAGCAUUUGUCUGGAUGAGUACGUCCGAGGAUAUGAUGAGCUGUGUAUCUUCUUUGACUCCCUUGGAUCCGUGUUUGGAUUUAUAACCUCUGAUGUCAGRGAUAAAAUAGGAAUUCUUCAGCAUCACAGAACAAAUCAAAGUGGUGAUAAAUACGAAAAUGUGAAGUGCAUGUUUGAUUAUGAAGUUGAAAAUAAAUUGACAGAUGCCCAAACUAAACCUUUAUCCGGUUCACGAACAUUACUAAGGCUUCAUCGAGCUCUGGCUUUUACCAUGCUCUUCAUGAAGCGACUGAGUGAAUCUUGCGAGAACGACAGCUCAUCUACGUUAGCGUCUGAGUCGUAUAACGAAACACUGGCUAAGUAUCAUCCAUGGUUGAUCAGAAAGGCUGCUUUACUUGCGAUGUACACACUGGCUAGUGUUGGUGACAUGAUUAAGAAGGCAUCUCCAGCUGAUGUUGGCAAUGAAGAAGCAAAGAAACUGUUAAAAGAUGCAGUUGAUGCUAUUCGUCCUGUAUAUGAUGCUACAGAAGAACUAUAUACUUCCUAUGAUCUACAUGGUCUGCCAUAACAAGAGGGUCAUAUAAUAUACUCUCCUCACCCUCCCCACCCAUGGGUACUUGGGUCUUGACAUUUUUGAAGUUUUUCCCUUUUCUCUUUACUUUCAUUAUUAUGUAUUUAUAUCAGGUCUGGUUGGAAUAUUGUGAGUUGACGUUAGAAUAAAAUGGAAAAUUAUAUUUAGCUGAAUAAUUAUGGAGUCCUAUUUAUACAUCUUUUUACUCAUUUACUAGGAUAAUAGACCGAUCCCAGCUAUGCUUGUGUCCACCCAAACAAUGGAUAGUUUUCCCAAUAUGGAAUACAGAAUGUCUGACCUACGAACUUGAAUUCCUAAGAUUUUUUAAAUUAUUGAUUUUUCCUUAAUGUACCUUUAUAAUUAGAAUGCAGUGAUUCWRAGACAGACAUUAACAAUUUUCAACAGUGUCAGUUCCAUGCAGUAUAUUAGAAACAYAUUUUAGCUUGUAACUAGGGAGGUAGAACAAUGAUUGUGGUAUUGGUGUAUUAGCCACUAUUCUGGAUUGCAGGUCUUGGUAUAUCUGUCAAUCAAAUUUUUAGCUUCUUGUCAUUAUUUUGAUUGGCGGAUAUACCAAAUAACCAUGCAGAUUAAUUAGUAGGUAUGGAUUAUUCAAUACAAUAAACUUUUCAAUUACUAGAAA